CCAAUCGGAAUUCUCAAAUUUAGCGACGGCAACACUGCAUAUCAAAACAAACCAGCGAAUUGCGGCUCCGGAUGAAGAAGAACAGGCGCUGUAAUUCAGCCGGAGAGAGGAUUUUGAAAAUAUUUUCAGCCGGAGGAGAGCGCCUGUCAGUGGCCCGUCACUGCAGAGGAAUGUAUGCUUCGGUUUAUUUGGCUAGAUGGCAGCGUCGUCCAUAGGAAUUUACUGGAAUAGAGACGCGACAUUUGAAGAGCUGGACAGAAAAACUCGGAUGUAUUUUUGUUAAUUGACUCGUAUGCAUAUAUAUUAGUCUGAGAAUGCUAGGAUGUUUAAAAAUGUGUUUGGGUCGGGAUUCCUCGUGAGGACAGCGCAUGUCAUUCUGACAUGGGUGAUAACGCUGAUACUCUUUUUGCACGAUACGGACCUGCGGAAGAAGGAGGAGAGUGGGGAUCUGUUCCAACCUGUGCUGUUUGUGCUGCUGGUCCUCGUGUCUGUCCUGCUGUAUUUCGCUGUUUCGCUGAUGGACCCGGGCUUCGUGCUCUCCGAAGACAGCGACGCCAAGUUCAGCUUCAAUGAGGAGCAACAUGGCAUGAUCAUUCCAUCGGCCAAGUCGCUACGGCAACGUCGCUGCAUCCACUGCAUGGUGCAGCAACCAAUGAGAGCCAAGCACUGCCAGACCUGCCAGCACUGUGUGCGGCGUUAUGACCACCACUGCCCCUGGAUUGAGAACUGCGUAGGGGAGAGGAAUCACCGUUGGUUUGUGCUGUACCUGGCUGUGCAGCUGCUGGUGUUGGUUUGGGGCCUGCACAUGGCCUGGUCAGGGUUCACCUACGCCCCCGGCUGGGAGCAGUGGCUGCGAGGUAAUUGCUUCCUGCUGGUGGCUUCGUCUGUGGUGGCCGUGUUCUCGGUGGUGGUGGUCCUGCUGUUGGGCUCGCACCUCUACUUGGUGUCCCUUAAUGCCACCACCUGGGAAUUCAUGUCACGCCACCGCAUCUCCUACCUCAAGCACUGUGGCACUGACGAGAACCCCUUCGACCGGGGCACGCUCCGCAACCUCUGGAGUUUCUUCUGCGUCUGGGGCCCCGUUGUCUGGGAGCAAGCGUACUUCGCCGAGGGCAGUGACCCUGUCUAGCCCAACCCACGGAGAGGACCCCGCCUCCCCAAGGUCAGGUGACCUUUACGAACUUUAUAAACAUUUACAGGAAGGAAAUUUUACAGUGAUUUAAAAAAAAAAACUGGCAAUGACUUUCUUAGCACUUUUUAAAUUUGCCUCCCCAAAUUCCUGAUUUGUAGCAAUGUAUUUUUAUGAAGGAUGUGUUUGACUUCUGUACUUUUUUAGCAAAUGUCUGGAAUUUAGUAGGAUCACUGCCUAAGUUUUAUUUUACUCUGACCUGUGAAACUCAACUUUCAAGGCUGAUCUUACAAAACCUGCUUUCACGUCAGUAUUGCUGGUCGAUGAUGGUUCUAACUGGGUUUUCAGUCCAUCCUCAUUGUUCUCAUUUCCUUUUGAGACUUAGCAUUCAUAAUGUGAAUGAUGUUCCUUCCUUCAGUUUUGCAUUACAUAUGUUCUGUACCUGCACACUGAUACUCUACAUCAGUGUUUCCCAACUCAGUCCUCAGGGACCCCCAGACACCCCUAUUGGGGGCUGGGAGAGAGCAAAACUGUCGACUGUCUGGGGGUCCCUGAGGACGGGGCUGGGAAACAUUGGUCUACACUUUCCAAGACCCCUGUACUUUCUUAAGACGUCUUGAGUGCCUUCCCUCCUACACAUCACAGGGUCACACAGUGGCCUAUUUAAAAGGCGCAUGACUGACAGCAUGAAAGCACUUAAACUGGUCAACAGGACCAAAAUUAAUAGACCAGUCAGUGACUGACUUCAUUAAUCAUGACCCUCCAUAAUGAGCAUUCGGACACCAGUAAUGAAAUGUAUGCACUGAAGCUUUUUUCAAGGUGUUUCCUUUUCUUGAAUUCCAGUCUACAUGCCCCUGUAGCCAUACUCCCAGCGUGCUGUGCAUUAAAUUGAUGGGAUGGGGGUGAUUUUCAUUUACAAGUCAAACAUUAGGCAAUAUGAUCAACACUCUAGUUUGUCUCAAUGAUUUCCCAUGAAACUCUUGCAGUGAUGAUUUUCUUCCUAUACGAGUAACAAGUUUUUAUAAUAAUGGUAUAUAAUUAAGCUAUAAUUUAAGAAGGAAAAUUGUUCAUGCAAUACGCCAUGUCAUGCAGUAUUUCCAAAUUUCCUUUUGUAAUAUCUUAAAACAGUAUUGUACUGAUUAAAAGGUGUUAAAGGUGUGAA